AUGAAAUUAGGAUAUAAUGAAAUAAUGAUAGUAUCAAUGUAUUUUAAUGAUAUUAAAGAUUUUAUUAAUUUAGAAUUUGGAAUCAAAAGAUUUCAAGGAAACAUGGAACGAUUUCAUUUUAAUCCAAUUCCUUUAAAUCAUUAUUCAAGAAAAUUAUUUCCUAAUAUUGAAACAUUUCAUAUUUAUGAUAUAAAUGAUAAAAUAUUUAAAGAUGGAAAAAUAUUUAAAAAAGUGGUCUGGUAUUUAGUAGAUUAUUCAAAAUAUUUAAAAGAAAAAGAAGAAUUGGAUAUAUAUAAAAAUAUAGAAUAUACAAAUGAAUAUGAAAUAUAUAACUAUGGAAAUAAAAUACCAUCAGAAGUUAAAUCACUUGGAUAUCAAUGCUUUAAAGGUUGUGAUAGAUUAACAUCAAUUAAUAUACCAACAACAAUUACUAAAAUAGGAUGGAAUUGUUUUGAAGGAUGUGCAUCAUUAACAUCAAUUAAUAUACCAACAACAAUUAGUAAAUUAGGAAGGUAUUGUUUUAAAAACUGUUCAUCAUUAAAAGCAAUUGAUAUACCAACAUCAAUUAGUGAAAUAGGAGAUAAUUGUUUUUAUUUAUGUUAUUCAUUAACAUCAAUUACUAUACCAUCAUCAAUUAGUGAAAUAGGAGAUAAUUGUUUUUAUGGAUGUCAUUCAUUAAAAGCAAUUGAUAUACCAUCAUCAAUUAGUGAAAUAGGAGAUAAUUGUUUUUAUUUAUGUUAUUCAUUAACAUCAAUUACUAUACCAUCAUCAAUUAGUAAAAUAGGAAAUUAUUGUUUUUAUGAAUGUUAUUCAUUAAAAUCAAUUAAUAUACCAUCAUCUGUUAGUAAAAUAGGAUUUGAUUGUUUUGAAGGAUGUAGAUCAUUAACAUCAAUGAAUAUAGAUAAUCUACAAUUUGUAAGUCAAGAAAGAAUAUUUAUGAAUGAACCAGUGUUAGUUAGUAUUAAAAUACCAUAUGAUCUAGAAAUAAUCAAUGGAAAGAAUAUUGAAAAGAAAGAUAUUAAUGAAUUUAUUAUUCCGACAACAAUUACUAAAUUAGAUGAUUAUUGUUUUAUUGGAUAUUCAUCAUUAACAACAAUUACUAUACCAUCAUCAAUUAAUGAAAUAGGAAAUAGAUGUUUUGAAUAUUGUUCAUCAUUAAAAUCAAUUAAUAUACCAUCAUCAAUUACAUCAAUUGGAAAUUAUUGUUUUAAUGAAUGUACAUCCUUAACAUCAAUUAAUAUACCAUCAUCAAUUAUAUCAUUUGGAAAAUCUUGUUUUUAUGAAUGUGGAUGUGAAGAAGAAUUAAAGAGGAAUGAAACAAUACCAAGAAAUUGUUUUGACAAAUGA